CUUGAAAACAUUUUUUAUCACGGACGCUGUUUUUUACGUUGUUUACGCUUUUUAUUCUAUCUUCCAUGGCGGGUGGACCUGUUGUGUUGUUUACCUCUAACGUUUGUUGAUGUUGGUGUUCUUCUCAACGCGCGUCGGUUCCUUAAUUCUCAAGGUUUUUAGAAUAUUAUUCACAUCCCUUAGUGAAUUCUAACAUUGUUGCGGUGUUAACUUUAUUUUUACGCGCAUAAAGAUCAAAUAAGAAAUCUAACGUGUGUACCGACACCUCAAUCGUCAGUUUUUUGUUAAUGAUUUUUUAACCGAACUCGUGGUUGCUCCGGUUCGAUCACACGAAGUGUAGUCUUGACGGUUUAUCGUGUUUUACAGUUUCGCAAAUUAUCGAUAAUAUUUAGGUACCUUUGUACGCUACCUAUUUUAUGUCGAUAUCGUGAAAAACGUACGGGUGUAUAUUGUGUGUGUGUUCCACUUCCAAUACGCCGCUACAAAUCGUCUUGUUGUUUUAUCAUUUAGCUGGUUAUUCUACAUAUUAAAAUAACCAUGGAAGAAAACAAUUCUAAAUCUAUUGAGAAUGAAGUUUCAAAAAUAAACACUGAAGAAGUUAACUCUGAAAAAGUUAACAUUGAAGAAAUUAACAUUUCAGAAUAUAAUGGUAUAGAAGAAAUGCAAAAAAAUCAAGAUUGUCUAUUGGAAAAAAAACAAUUUUUACCAUAUGGUGUUGGACCAGUUGUUGAUUGUGAAAUUGAUGAUGAUAGUGAUGAACCUGAUUAUAUAAGAUAUGUAAGCAGACCAAAAACAUUUAAAAUUCGCACAAGAAAACUAAAAACUCGACCAAAAAAAACAAGAUUUUUGCCAUAUGGUGUUGGACCAGUUGUUGAUUGUGAAAUUGAUGAUGAUAGUGAUGAACCCGAUUAUUUAAGUUAUGCUAGAAUACCAAGAUUUAACCGCAUGAAAAUUACCAGUACCUCUACAUCAAAAGAAGAUGCAGUACCAUAAAAACAAUUUGUAAAACCAUAACUUUUUAAUCAAACUUUGUAUUAAUUAUCCUAUUUUUUUUAAAAUGUAUAAUAUGUCUAAAAUACCAUUUUUAUUAUAUAUUUUUGUUGAGGUAUUUUUUACUUAUUUUGUUAGUAUUAAGUUAAGACUGUAGAUUUUUCAAUAAAAUCUAAAUUCUAUGUAAAAAAACUAUAAAUUCAGUCUUAUGUUGUAAUCUGCUUUCUAUUAAUCUUAUCAUAAUGGACGAGCCACACAAUUUCUGCCUUGGAUGAUUAACAAUAACUCAUUUUGUGGCUUUUUGGAAUUAUAUAUUUUAAGGUUUCUACGUCUACUAGUGGCAGACCGAACGACACAAUUUUGACGUAGCUGUGUCAACUUUUCUAUGAAGAUAGUACCAAUUCGUGCUAGUAUCGUCAAAUAACAUGCUAAAGCCCGAC